UUUAAGACGAGAAGAGGUCUGAGCAAGGAGCUCCGAGCCAUGAAAACAGGGCCUGGAGCUGGGUACCUUCCUCUCCACAUCUCCACCCUCUCCUGGAGGAACGCAAUUUUCCUGCUGCUUCUCGCCCUCUCUUUGGAGCAGACCUCUGCAUCGCUGGUUGAGGAAAUCAAACAGAAACCAGGAGUGUGCCCCAGAGAAAGGAUUACCUGUCACAUUAAAAUUCAGGACCAUUGCAAAAAGGAUUUGGACUGCUUGGGACAUGAGAAGUGCUGCACUUUUGCCUGUAGGAAGAAGUGCUUGGAUCCCUAUCAAGAACCCUGCACACUGCCCUUGAAACGAGGAAUAUGUAAGCUUAACCUACAGCGCUGGUAUUUUGACUUUGAAAAAGGUAGCUGCGAAUUCUUUACAUUUAGGGGCUGCCUUGGGAAUGCGAACAACUUCUUCAGCAUUGAUGACUGCAAGAAGGCCUGCAUGUCAGUUGUCAAGGAAGGACAGUGCCCACUCUUUCCUUUCACUGACCGUAUGGAGUGUCCAGCUUCAUGUAGAAGUGACAUCGAUUGCCCCAAGGGGCACAAGUGUUGUGAAUCCACAUGUGGCUUUGUUUGCUCCAGGGCCUGGACAGUCAAAGAGGGUUUCUGCCCACGCAAGCCCUUGAAGUGUGCCAGGAUUGAUAAACCCAAGUGCCUGCAGGAUGAUGUCUGCCCAUUGGCAGAAAAGUGCUGCACAGAUUGUGGACUGAAAUGCAUGGAACCCCAAAUGUGAACAUGCUGCUUGUCCCGCGCUGCUUCUCUGCAGAUUCACAAUGCUGAUCCUGUGGGAGAGUGAUCCACUCCUGUGUAACUGUCCGUGUUCUUCACCUCCUACUCUGGGAGCAAAGAGCCAGGAGGUCACCCCUAGUCUGCCGUUUUUCUUCAUUCCAAAUUGUCUUAUUAAGUAUAACAAUAUUUAAUAGGGUUACUUUGAUUAUAUAUUCAUAACAUUUGAAAAUAAUGAUAAAUUUGACUCUUUUUAUCCAACUUGAUGACUUUAUUUUCUUGUCUUCUUAUGUAGAAUCUCUGCAAUAAAGUUGAAAAUAAAGGCAAUAGCAUCUA